GUGCCGAGCGCGGAAGCGCCGUCGCCGCCGCCGCCGCCGCCACCGCCACCGCCACCGCAAGUCGAACCGAUCAAAGUCACCGAAGACACGAGUUUCGCGGCGCUGAACCAGUGGCGCGGUCAAGAAGUGAAAUUACAAACGCACAAAGGCGGCGGCGGCGAACGUAACCUUCAGUGGAACACGGAUAAUCUCGCCGACGCCGCGCGCCGUAUCGUCGAGGGCGAUCGCGACUCUUCUUCAUGGAGACAGAAACUGCAAAUGGUUGAGAAGCUAAUUUGCGAUGACGGCGCCGACGUUGACUCUUUGGCGUACGCUACUGUGUAUUUAUUUUGGAUAUCUGUCGGCGCCAUCGCGUGCGUCGAGGACGGUACGCACUACCGUCCAAACCACCACGCCGGUUCGGCUGAACGUAUGUACGGCGCAAUCGAGGCUGCGGAACGUUUCGCGAACGAUGUUGCGAGUGGUGGUGAUAUUUACCGCGCGCGUGAGCUUCGUGCGUUGAUUCGCCGUCUGCAUCCACGACUCCCCGCGUUCACCGCCGAGUUCACGCAAAGCGUGCCGCUGACGCGCAUUCGCGACAUCGCGCACGGCAAGGGUGAUCAACAUGGGAAAUGUCGCGAAGUUCGACAAGAAAUCAAGCACACGAUUCAGAACAAACUCCAUCGCUGCGCUGGUCCCGAGGAUCUAGUUGCGACGGAAUCUAUGCUCGCCAAACUCACCGCUCCGGGAACCGACUACCCCGAAGAGUUUGUCAACGAGUUUAAGAUUUUCUAUCGCGAGCUCAAGGAAUUCUUCAACGCCUCCUCUGUGGCCGAUCGCAUCGAUCGUAUCGCGAACGAAAAUGGCGCCCCUGGCCGUGCGGCCGAUAGCUCAAAGAAGUUUCUCUCUGCGAAGGCGACCGUGGAUGCGCUUCCUGCGAGCGACCGCGUGGGCGAUCAAACGACUAUGAGCGCGCUCGUCGCGUGCUUGCGUGCUAUUCACGACGCGCGAACGGACAUCACCGCCGCCUUGGAAUCGGGCGGGGAUUUGGGUCAAGCUGAAUCAUCGACGCGUCAACAGUGGCGCUUGGCCGAGGUGAGCAUGGAAGAUUACGCGUUCGUGUUGUUGAGCCGAUUGCUCAACGCGCUCGGCGCAGAGUCUGAGCCGCCGCGAAACGACAUCAGCGCGAGCGAAGUAAAACUCACUCUUGAGGCGCUGGCUUUGACUUCUCGCACCAUGGCGCUGAGUGCAGGAGGCGAUAACGAGCUAGAGGCAAUCGCGUCCGAAGCCGAAGCACUGGCUCGUAAUGGUUUGCCCGCGGGCGAGGAAGGCGGUUUGCGCGUCCAAGCCGUCGCCGAACGCGCUCGACGCGGCGCCGUCGACUUUUGUUCGCUGUUGGAAUCUUUAUUCGAUGGACGGGCGUCGAGUCUCGGCAAUGCGCUCGGUAUUGACCACGGCUCAAUCAGUGUGUUCACAGAAGGUCAGAUUCGCGCGAGCGUAGUGUUCCAAUCCGCCAAGAUCGCUUCCUUGUUGCUGCGAGUCAGCCGGCAAAUCACCGGCGCCGCUGGAUGGGAUUGCGUCGUGCAAGGCGAGGCUAUCGGCGCGCUCAAGUGCGUCGAAAGGCUCACGCCCGAAGAGUGCGCGCAGUUCACCGAGCCAGUAAUCGUGCUCGUUGCUAGUGCUGAUGGUGAUGAAGAAGUGUCGACGUGCGGCCCGAACGUGCGCGGCGUGGUGCUGUGUCACGCGUUGCCGCAUCUCAGUCAUUUGGCGCUUCGCGCGCGUCAAGCCAAAGUGCCCCUCAUCGCCGUCGAAGACGACAAGCUUGUCGACUACGCGCGUUCUUUGGCGAAUGAACCUGCCGUGAAGCUCAGUGCGGAAACCACUGGAAUUAAGCUCGAGCCAACGACGGCUCCGGCGUCUGUUGCGGCUGCUUCAAGCGAAGCGGGGCCACAGGCGACGAAACCCGUGAUCCGCCUCGACACUGAUCUCUCAAGAGCGGGAACCGUGUUCGAUCUCGUCGCGCUGGACAAGCGUGGACUCGAAAAGUCGAUUCGCAUCGCCGGUACGAAGUCCGCUAUGUGCGCACGAUUGAGCACUAUCGCCGAAAACUCUUCUGGAUCGGCGGCGUUCGCCGCGCCCGCCGGUGUCGUCAUUCCAUUCGGCGCAAUGGAAUUCGCGUGCGCGAGCAUCAGCAAGCUCGAACAUCUCGACAGUUUGCUCCUCGAACUCAACCAGUACGCGGACGACCCAGUGAGGAUGCGACACACGUGCGAAGCCAUCCAGAACCUCGUUCGUUCGCUCAAGCCGUCCGCGAGCGCGCUGCAAUCCGUCGCUGAAAAGUUUGGCCCGAAUGCGCGCGUCAUGGUUCGAAGUAGCGCCAACGUUGAAGAUCUCGAGGGGAUGUCCGCGGCUGGUUUGUACGAUUCCAUCCCAAAUGUCGACCCGAACUCGGAAGACGCAUUCAGUCGCGCUGUUGGCGAGGUAUGGGCGUCCCUGUACACCACUCGCGCCGUGGCUUCUCGCGCCGCCGCCGGCGUCGAUCAACUCGAGGCGCACAUGUGCGUCCUCGUCCAAGAGAUGCUCUCGCCCGAGGUCAGUUUCGUUCUACACACGAAGCACCCGCUCACAAAUGAUAAUAACGAAGCGUACGUCGAGUUUGCGCUCGGUUUGGGCGAGACUUUGGCGUCGGGCGCGGUUCGAGGAUCGCCCUGCCGCGUGAGCGUCGACAAGCGAUCCGGCAAAGCGACGGUGAAUGCGUUCGCCUCGUUCGGAACCGCCCUCGUCCGCGAUGACGACUCGGCAACCGGAAUGAAAUCUGUCGCCGCGGAUUACGCAUCCCACUGGCUUCACAACGACGUCGCGAAGCGCGACGAAAUCGCCACCAAACUUCUCGCCAUCGGCUCUGAGCUCGAGCGCGAGUUGAGUCCGCGCGGCGAGACGCUCCCGCAAGACGUCGAAGGCUGCAUCCUUCCCUCUGGGGAAAUUUGCAUCGUCCAAGCGCGCCCGCAGCCCUAA